CUUUUCUAUCGUGAGAAAUACGAAGUCUAGAUUUUUUUGUCAUUUUGAAUCCCGUUGCGAACAGGACAGAAGCCUAUUCUUUCUUGCUAAGUAAACGUAAAUUUUCUUGCAUUUUCCUUCACUUUCUGUGGAACUUUCCUGGAUAAUUUCUCAAUCAGAUGUCGAGUAAGGAAGGUCAACGUUUCUAUUCCAGUCUUUCAAGGAAAGAGCUUCAAAGUUUGUGCAAGAAAUGUGGCUUGCCUGCUAGAAAGUCGAGUUCUGAAAUGGCUGAAUCAUUGUUCUCUUUCUUUCAGAAGAAUGAUUUAAGGUUAGCGUUCUUAGGCAAAACCGGAGGUGGGAUCCAAGAGGUUUCGCUUCCUCUAUCUUCAGUAAUGGCGUGGCAGACUGAAGACCCUUUCAAUUUGACAGGAAAUGUAAUGAAAGUUACAGAUAGCUUUCAACUGAGAUCUCCUAGAGGAGAAAGUUACAGGGGAAAUAGAAACGCUAAACACAAUGAAUUGGAAAGCUGCAUAGGAUUGAGGGCUUAUGACAAGGAAGGCUUUGGUGGCUCAAUUGAAUAUUUUCAGGGUCCAUCCCAGUCUCAAUUUGUUUCUCAAGGUGCUGGUGGUGGUGUCAUCCAUAAGGGGACUCCAUCAAGCUUCAGUGGCUGUGUGGAACAUACACCCCAGUUUCGUUGUGGACACAUAAAUGUAGGUGUCUGUCCCAUAGAGAAUGCCUCUCCUGAAAUACGAACUUAUAAAAAAGUUCCUGCCUCUUUUGAGUUCUAUGUCAGUUCAGAAGAGGGAAUCAAACUCUGUGUUGAUUUGAAUUCAAGCCCAUCAGACUGGACUAAGAAAUACAAAAAUCAGGUUUCUUUAACAAUGAAUGUGGCCAGUACCAAGUCUCGAAGUCUUCAUCAAGAGCUUGGUUCCAUUGGACAAAGUGAUGAUAAACAAAUAAAAAGUCCCUUUCCUCAGAGUGUUGAUCCCAAUGAAAUCAAGGAUGGCUGUAUACAAGGCAAACCUUCUCCAAGUUUGGUUGUGGAAAAUAAUAUGGGGAUUGAUCAUCCAGAUGGAGGUAAUAAAUCAUCAGUGGCCUCGCCUUCAAGACCAUGUAGUGCAGAGCAAUCAGAUUGCUUAAGGGAAGAUAAGGGACAUAUCUCACCUAAACCUUGUCCUGACGUGCAGAACCAAAUAAUUUCUAAUAUAGAAUCCUUCAAUAAGAAUGGGGAUAGUGCUAUUCUUGAUUCAGAUAUCAUUGAUACUACAACAGAAAAGACAGCCUGUAAUUUUGUUGUUAACUCCAUAUCUGAUGGCUCAAUGGAUCUUGUUGCAAUUGAGCAUCAGAAUUCAAAGCAUGAUGAUGAAGGUUGUGAGAAUUCAACGAGGCAGAACAGUAGUGAUCUUGAGAAUAAUUGCAUAACGUUGGCUAGUUGUUCUGCAAAAAUGCCAUUGUCAGAAGCUGGGAAUUACCACAAUGACACAUCAUGUUCACCUAAUAAAAAUGGUGAAUUCUUGGACCUGUAUGAUUCAAAGCACAAUAUGCUAAAUGAGCAAACUGCAUUAGCCACAUCAAGUGAGAAUGAUCAUCUUGGGAACCAUUUGCCUACAUGCUCUGAAGAAAGGGAAUGGAACAAUAUUGUUAGCGUGAUGGAGAGUUCAGUAUGCUCAGAAGUUGACAACUCAGUUGAAAAAACUGGUGUAAAGUCUGACAAUCUGGAAUCAAAUGAAGAUUUUUGCAGAAAGAGGCCAUCUAAAGACAGUGACUGUCAAGACAGCAGUAGUAAGCGUGACCCAAAAAUUUUAAGAAGCGUGAAGCAUUCUGCAGUAGAAGCUCUUCCCAGAAGAUCCAUGCGGCUUGUCUCUAAGUGAGUCCAUCGAGUAAAUCCUAGCUACACCACAAGAAUUGGUCCAUCUCGCAAUUGUUGUAUCAAGAAGUCUUGUGGAUCUGAGUUGCAGGUUCUACAUUCUUUGGAGAGCAAUAGCCACGUAAUGAGAUUACUAAGAUAUCUGCAAGGUAUUAAGAAAAAAGGUCCUUCAUAAUUUUCUCCUCUCUCCUCAAAGCAGUCGCAAAAUCAAACAACUUGAAUUUUAUAACAAAUAAUGAAAUGCUAUUAGUUACUGAUAUGUUGUAUUCAAUUAUUUGUAUUGAAUUUUUCAGGAAAUAAGACCUGAUUUUAUUCAUUUGGAUUUUGUCAAUUCUUUUAUACAUUUGAAAAUGUAAAAACUUGUGUUCUGCUUUUGCCAUGGUUAUCUUGGCUCGUUAACAUAGACGACUGUUAUGUGUCCAA